CUGGGCGCGGGUUCAGGCGGAACGGCUCCUGGAUCCUGGGGAGCAGGAGCUGAGGUACCGGAGGCCGGGGAUGAGAGGCCUGGUCAGCCGCGGCGGGGCUUUGAUGGUGGAAUUCGGGUGUUGGUUGUUCGCCUGAGAUGUGGACCGAGGUGGCCAGGGUGCUGUGGGGCGCAGCGCGGGUGGCGAAGGCUUUCACAGAGAAACAGGGGGAAGAGCUGAAGCUGGCUGUCUGCAGUUCUGUGCUGGGUACUGGUCUGAGAAAGGCCCAGGUCUCCGCGGAGCAAUGUGUCAGUUCUCUCCUCGUCAGACGACAGCAAGGAGUGCAAGAAUUUAAAGAGGAUCACCCUCCAUUCGACGGAGAAGAUGCGGCCUCGCAAUGGAACCUUGCCUCAGAAAUGGCUCCGGAAUAUUCUGGCAGCGAUGUGGGAGCAGGGAGCCAGGAGGCACCUGAUACCCGGCAGGGUGAGAGCUCGUCGCACGGCGAGAGGGAGGGGCACCCUAACUCGGGCCGUCCAGCCGGGAGCGGGUUCGGAGAUAGCCGCAGGAACUUUUCCUUGCUUGCGGGCCCUGGAAUGGGACAGACGAGGCUACUGCACGACGAGGCUUCGGUGAGAGGCCUGACACCUGAGGAAAUGGCCAAGGUCAGGGACACGAAGCAGAGCAGAGACAAAUGGAGCCAGCCGAAGGUCCCAAGACAAACGCUAAGCAAACAAGCUCGUGAAAGGAAAGUGCCCUCUUCACGGAUCAGCCGUUUGGCAAACUUUGGAGGUUUGGCGGUGAGUUUGGGACUCGGUGCUUUGGCAGAAGUUGCCAAAAAGUCAGUGAGUGGAAACCAGACGUCAAGAGAAAAUAAAGGACUGCUGGACUCCAACCCCUUCCUGUCGGAGGCCAAUGCGGAACGCAUUGUCGACACGCUGUGCAAGGUGCGAGGGGCAGCUCUGAAGAUUGGGCAGAUGCUUAGCAUUCAAGACAGCAGUUUCAUCAACCCUCAGCUCCAGAAGAUAUUCGAGCGCGUGCGGCAGAGUGCGGACUUCAUGCCCGCUUGGCAAACAGUGAAAGUUCUGGAUGAGGAGCUGGGCCCUCACUGGCGGGAUAAGCUAGCAAUGUUUGAGGAAAGGCCGUUUGCUGCUGCUUCGAUCGGACAGGUGCAUCACGGAGAGCUGAAGGACGGGAGGGAGGUGGCCAUUAAAAUCCAGUAUCCAGGAAUAGCUCAGAGCAUCAAGAGUGAUGUGGAGAACCUGCUGUCUCUGUUGAAGAUGAGCAUCCCGCUGCCUGAAGGUCUGUUUGCUGAGAGCGGGAUUGUGGUGCUGAAGCGGGAGCUGGAAUGGGAAUGUGACUAUACACGGGAAGCAGCCUGUGCCAAGAGGUUCCGGGAACUCCUGAAGGACGAUCCUUUCUUCUACGUCCCAGAAGUGAUCGAUGAACUCACCACAAAGCGGAUUCUCACCGCAGAGCUAGUGACUGGUGUACCUCUGGAUAAGUGUGAGGAUCUCGAUCAAAACACUCGAAAUAAGAUCUGUUUCAACAUCCUUGAGCUGUGUCUUCGUGAGGUUUUUGAGUUCAGGUUCAUGCAGACUGAUCCGAACUGGUCCAAUUUCUUCUUUGAUGAGAGGAAGCAGAAGGUAACGUUGUUGGACUUUGGAGCAAGUCGAGAGUUUGCUAAAGAAUUUACAGAUAACUACAUUGAGGUGGUCCGAGCAGCUGCUGAUGGUGACCGGGAGAAAGUGCUACAGAAGUCCCGGGACUUGAAGUUCCUCACUGGCUACGAGACAAAGGUGUUUGAGGAUGCUCACGUUGACGCUGUCAUGACUCUUGGGGAGGCAUUUGCUCAGCCACAAUCCUUCGACUUUGGGACUCAAGACACCACACGGCGGAUCCAGAGCCUAAUCCCGGUGAUGCUAAAGCAUCGACUGACCCCUCCUCCCGAGGAAUCCUACUCCCUCCAUCGCAAAAUGGCUGGCUCCUUCCUCAUCUGCUCCCGACUACAAGCCUCCAUUCCUUGCAAGGAGAUGUUUGACCAGAUCUACUCCAGAUACUUUAACCAAGAGGAACAGGAGCUGGUUAAUAUGCAACAGUGUAAAUAGACACAAUCAUGUGGAACCAGGGUUCAGCCAAGGUUCAGAGAAAACUGACCUGAGACAUUCUUUCUGUGUAACAUUUCAUAGCUGGGUGGAGCAUUGUUUCAAAUGGAAUUUGAACAAACCGGCUUGUCCGAUUGAAUACUCCAGGUACAGAACGCUGCUGGACCAUUUGCUGUCUCUUUUAGGCUCACUGGGGGUGAAGUUGCUGGGGUAUUUGAAUGUUGAACAGUUUGAAAUCUGGAUCAUUGAGCAGCAAGAUCAGGUGUCAGCGUAAGAGCAUUUUCUUUUUCCCUAUAUAAAAAAAUAUACAUAAUGAAUACUUAUUAAACCCAUAUUUUGGAUAA